AGUGGAAAUCAGCGAUCACAGCAGGAAAUAAAUAUAAUCCAAGUACUGAGUACCAGUCAGCUGCAAGUGCAGUUAUAUGCCGCCCAGGCGACGGCUGCUGCAAUAAAGCGGCGGCGGCAGUCAGUCGAACAGCGACUGCUCACGUGUGUGUUUGUGCAUUAGUGUGCGUGUGUUGUGUUUUCGUUUUCAAUUUUCUUGCGAGAGUCGCGUCGUCAUUAAGCCGCUGAACAUUCAAACUCGAAGGCAACGAAAAAUUCGGCGGUCAGUCAUUUAAAAUGGGAAACUCGAACGGUAAAAGGGAGUCGGACUUGUAUACGGCUGAGGAGCUGCGAAUGUUGGAGGCUGCCUACAAAAAUGCAUCUGGCGGUGCAUUGGAAAAGCUGAAUGCAGAACGUUUGGUGGAAGCAUGGUCUCAAACAAUAGAACGCUCGCUGGCAGAGAGCACGGCACAGUUUUUGUUUAUGGCCCCAAAGCCGGGACAUCCUUGCGUCAACAUACAAGUGAGAAAAUUUGCUGAGCCCUAUUAUAUUAUGGAGCGCGGCACGAUUGAUAUGAAGAUGCAUAUGCUGUUGUCAUCAAUAGAGCGUGUCGGACCGGAUAACUUUAAUACUAAACAAUUGGAACAGUACAUCUAUUCAGUUAUCAAGAGCUAUGUACACCUGGAGUCCACAUCAAAGGGCUCAAACAUUAAGGACUGGCAGGAUUUGGGCUUUAUUAGCACAGAGCGUUCGGCAUGCACGCUUGCGAAGGGCUUGCUGCGUAAUCUGGGCAAAGAUCUGGAGCACACCAUGCGUGGUGAGACACUGGAACGUUGGCUCCAUUUGACACCACAAUUUUUGCAAAUAUGGCGGGAAGUAUUCGUGCAGUUGUAUGCACGUCAUGGUGGCAGCAAACGCACACAUUUUAAGGAAAUGGAAAUUCCCAUACUACCGCAGUUGUGUGAUGCCCCGGUAAGCAGUCAUUACAGGCCGAUCAUCGAAUUGCCGCACGUGCUUUUCGUUAAUGCCCAGCUGCCACGUGAGCUGCGGCACAAGUGGCGUUUCCUCUUCUCAUCGAAAAUCAAUGGUGAAAGUUUCUCGACUAUGUUGGGCAAGAUCAUGGAUAAGGGACCAACGCUCUUCUUUAUCGAGGAUGAGGAUCAGUACAUAUUUGGCGGCUAUGCUCCGGAGUCGUGGGCAUUAAAGCCUCAAUUUGGUGGCGAUGAUAGCUCCGUUUUGUAUACGCUAAGUCCGGCAAUGCGUUGUUUCAAUGCCACGGGCUACAACGACCAUUAUCAGUAUCUGAAUUUAAAUCAGCAAACAAUGCCGAAUGGCCUGGGUAUGGGCGGUCAGUUUGAAUUCUGGGGCCUAUGGAUCGAUUGCAUGUUCGGCGACGGCCAAAGUGUUGAGAGCUGUACCACAUAUCGCGACUACGUGCAGCUAAGUAAACGAAAGCAAUUCAAAAUACGUAACUUGGAGGUUUGGGCCGCCGGUGAUUUGCCGGUGAAGACUGAAGACCAAGAUGGCGAUGGCCAGAAACGCUCUGUGUUGGACAAUGUGGAGGAGCGAGCGAUGCUCGAAAUAGCUGGCAAAAAAAUGCACUCGGAAGGACUGCGUGAACCAGGCAUGGAUGAUUGAUAUUGUCUUACACUCAAUGAACGCUUAAAGCAGUUUUAUCAUAUUCAAGAACUUAUAAACUUACGCCUGAUAUUCAUGGGCAGCUAGAAUUUAAAACCUAAUUCAAAUUAACUCUUCCCCCAAUUUAUCAAAAGCAAUGUUCUCGAUGCGUGGAACAACAAAGUAUUUGUUAUGUGAAAAACUCCAUUCCUAUAUAAAACUUACUUAGAUUAUAAUGUUUAUACACACCCACAUAUAUGUAUUGGUAUAGUUUAUGUAAUACUGAGAGUAUUCUUGUUGCGUUUAGGACUACAGUGAGGCGUAUAAAUAUAUAGUAAUAUUAAUUUAAUGUUAACUCGCAACUUUUUCGUGCGCCAAUAAAUCGCAAAGUCGCAAUUGUUUGCUGAACUACAA